UGAUCAGUAUUGUAUCCCAUCUUUCCCAUAUAGCAGAAGGCUGACAAAGCCUUCUCCUUCUUCCUCCUCCUCUUCCGCAGCCAUGGAAGCUUCUUCUCAGCCACUGUCCAUAGAAAGCUUCUCAUACAGGUGGUUGGUGAACAUCAGAUCAUCCUUUGAAAGCCGUCCUAACUCCUUCAGAACCUCUCUUGAUGAAGCUUCCUUCAUUGAGAUGGAUCCCACAAUGCCACCCUCCAAGAGAUUCUUGAUCUCCUCCUCUCGCCCUUCUCACGACUUCAACUUCCCCUCUCCGUCCCCGUCCCCGUGUCUACCUCUCGUCCACGCUGAUCAGCUCAUCUCUAAUGGCUACCUCCUCCCUGCGUACACGCCGAGUGCCGCUGCUUCACCCGUCGUCAAGCCACUGGCAAAACUGGACUCGUCGUGUUCAUUGAGAAAGUCGUGCCGGAGAUUAUCAAGGCAGGUUUUUGAGAAAUAUUUGAACUUUUUUAGGCCAAUUUGCAGAAGAAUUCAAGGGAAAGUGGAGAAAUUGUUCCAUGGAGGAUCUAGCCGCCCAAUUUCAAGAGAAACCCAGCAGUGGAGAAGAUCUUGUGAUUCUGAGAGCUCAAUUUAUGAUGCAGUUCUCCACUGCAAAAGGUCCAUAGGGAAAUGAAGAUGAUGAAGAUGAUGAAGAUGAUGAACAUGAUGAACAUGAUGAACAUAGGGGGCAGUAGAGUUGUUGAUUGUCUGUUUUGUUUGAAUGGUGAUGUUUUUUGUGUUUGUGAGUAAAGAGGAAGGAGAAAUUGUGGGCAUUGAUAUUAAAUAUUGGCUGCCUUUAUUCCUUUGUGGAACACGAACCAUAAAUUGAAGAGGGAAAAUCUCUCCCUUUCUCCUUUUUUGGUGUUGGAUCACACCCACACUUCUCCUAUUUCAAACUUUUGUGUCAUAAAUACAAUCAAACAAUGAAGGCUCUCUCUUGAUUUUGACUUCUAAA